AUGACUACAGCUCACAGGCCUACUUUCGACCCUGCGCAAGGGAAGGAGGCCCUCCGCGGGCCGGCUUACCACCAGCGACUUCUUCCUGCACACAUGCACUUGAAAGUCAGACAACCUGGUCAGGGAGGCGAGGCCGAGGCCAAAAGACGGGAUCUACGAGCGGAGCUCCUCCAAGCCGAAGCUGCUCAUUUUGCGAAGACGAGAGGCGGCCAGGAAGCUGAGCCAAUUUCUGAUCGCGCUACAACCCCCAAACGUAUUUUGGAAGCCCCCCCACCUGGUGGCACUCCCGGCGGAGAAGACGAAACAGAAGAUCCAGACGCCAAACGGCGACGCAUAUUAGAGGAGACUAGGGAUAUCGAUGCAGAUUCGGACCUUUCUGAAUCCGACAGUAGCGACGAAGAUAGCGAUGAUGAAGAAGAUGAAGCAGCUGAAUUGAUGCGAGAAUUGGAGAAAAUCAAGAAGGAGAGACUUGCACAGAAAGAAAAAGAGGAGCGUGAGCGGGCUGCCGAGGAGCAGGAUAAACGAGAAUACGACAUCGCCAGGGGCAAUCCACUACUAAAUCCGCAAGAUUUUAACAUGAAACGACGAUGGGACGAUGAUGUCGUGUUCAAAAAUCAAGCUCGAGGAACAGAGGAGAAGCGGGGCAAGGAGUUUGUUAAUGACUUAUUACGAUCGGACUUCCACCGAAGAUUCAUGUCUAAAUACGUACGAUAA